AUGAACGGCGUCAUUGAGGUGCUGCACAUCUACGACGAGCACAACGUCCUGGUUCUGUCGCACACAUACACAUCGCGGCCGCUAGCGGCGAAUCACCUGCUGCCCCUCUAUCUGGCGCACCCCGUCCCACGGCCGAACCUCAUCUACCUUCCCAAUACAAACCCACCGACGCUCAUCUUUAGUCUCGCCCAUGCCAACCUCCUCUUCCUCCUGACCACCUCGUCCGAGGUCGAGCCGCUGCUCGUCCUCGAGUUUCUCCACCGCGUCGUCGACUCGUUCGAGGAGUUCCUCGGUGCGCCGCUACUAGCGCACAAGAUUGAGGCCAACUACGAUGUCGUCGCCCAGCUGCUGACCGAGAUGUGCGAUGCCGGCGCCAUCAACACCACCGAGCCGAAUGCGCUGCGAGACCUGGUCGAGGUGGAGGGUUUCAUGGACAAGCUGCUGGGGAAUCUGAACCUGCCCACGAAAGCCAGCAAACCCGGUUUCAGCACCGGCUUCGGCAAUAGCUCGAGCGCGCCGCCCCUCAUCCAGAACAGCACGCCAGCCCUCCCCUGGCGGCGAGCCAACGUGCGGCACACGUCUAACGAGCUCUACGCCGACGUCAUCGAGACACUCUCCGUCACGCUCGCGCCGUCGGGCAGACCUCUCGCGGCCUUCGCCAACGGCACGAUAGCCUUCACCUCCAAGGUCUCCGGUGUGCCCGAUAUCGUCAUGACACUCACCAGCCCCUCGGGGAAGCACAACCUAAAGAACAUCAUCGACCUGCCUGUCUUCCACCCCUGCGUGCGGCUCGCGCGGUGGCGGGAGCAACCGGGCGUGCUGAGCUUCAUUCCGCCCGACGGGCGGUUUACGCUUGCUGGGUACGAGGUCGACCUCAUGCCGUUUACGGACGGUGGGGUGGCGAGCCUGGGGUCGAACCCGCUCAAGUUACCUGUGACCGUAGAGGUCAAGACGGGCCUUGGGCCUACGGGUUCGGACUUCGAGGUCAGGCUUCAGGUAAACAGAGUGUUUGGCUCGUCCGGGACCACGCAGUCAGGCAGGGGAGGCGGACCGGGUGGUGGUAGAGGGGUUGGGGGCCCGAAUCCAGGAACCCCGGCAUCGCCGGCGUUGCAGGAUCUCAGUGUCUCGGUACCGCUGCCCGCCGAAGUGAGAAAUCUCUCCGAGAUUCGACCUACGAAAGGCGACGCCAACUACAAUCCCGGGGAGCGGGCACUGGAGUGGACCAUCUCCAACAAGGAGCUGACGCAGGGUACGGCCUCGUUCGCGCUACGGUGUACCGUAGUUGGGCAGAUGACCGACGGGGAGGAUGAGGACCCCGACCCAACAGGUUUUGGAUUCGGCGCAGGCGGCAGCAGCGCCUAUGCUUAUGACGAGCCAUACCAGAGCGCCUCGCCUGUUACCAAACCAACCGGCACGGUGGCGGACACAGGAGGAGGGGACAGGGAUGAGCGGAGGACUGCCCAAAAUAAGACCCUCAUGCCCAGCUCGGCUUCGGUCAGCUUCACUAUCAAGGGGUGGCUGGCCAGCGGGAUCAAGGUGGAGAGCAUCCAAGUCGACGCGAGGAAGAGUAGGGGGAUUGGAGAGGGUGUGAAGCCGUAUAAGGGGGUCAAGUACUUGACUGUCAGUAAGGGUGGGGUAGAGAUUCGGUGCUGA